AUGUUUGAUCCACAUGUCUUAGAUGUUCCAGCUGUUAUUUUUGACAAUGGUUCGGGAUUCUGCAAAGUAGGCAUUUGCGGAGAAACUGGACCUCGUAAUGUCAUCAACUCUGUCGUGGGGCAUCCUAAAGUUAGCAAUCCUUCAGAAAGAGCCAAUGAGAAGAAGUACUCCGUGAGAGAAGUAUCCCAGUACAAGAAUGAGACAUUAUAUUUGCGUUACCCCAUUGAACGUGGACUCAUAACAAGAUGGGAUGACAUGGAGAAACUCUUGAAACACCUUUUUGAGUACUGCCUGGGAGUAAAACCCUGUGACCAACCUGUACUGAUGACGGAGCCCUCCUUAAACCCAAGGGAGACUCGAGAGAAGCUUGCUGAAAUGAUGUUUGAGAACUUUAAUGUGCCUGCUCUCUACCUGUCCAACCAUGCUGUGGCAGCUCUCUAUGCCUCUGCCUGUGUCACAGGCAUAGUGGUGGAUAGUGGACAUGGGGUCACCAGCACUGUCCCCAUCUUUCAGGGUUGUGCCCUGCCUCAUGCGGUCACCAAACUCAAUGUGGCAGGGAGGGACAUCAUGGAGCACCUCGCCGAACUCCUCUCUGAUAAAGAGUGCACUUAUUCUGGCAUUCUCAACAAGACCGUGGUGAAUGAUAUUAAAGAAAGGAUGUGCUACAUUGCAUUAGAGCCAGAGAAAGAGCUAUACAAGAAGCCUAAGGAAGUAUUUCGAGAAUACAGACUUCCAGAUGGGAAUGUCAUCCACCUGGGGCACCCAUUAUACCAGGCACCAGAGAUUCUAUUUGCACCUGACCAGCUAGGCAUCCAGAGUCCAGGACUCUCAAAAAUGGUCACCAGCAGCAUUAUGAAAUGUUCCACUGACAUCCAGAAGAACCUUUUUGGAGAGAUUGUACUGUGUGGGGGCACCACACUUUUUCCUGGACUGGAGGAAAGGCUCAUGAAAGAACUAGAACAGCAAGCUUCCAAAGGAACACCCAUUAAGAUCAUGGCUUCCCAAGAUAGACGUUUUUCUGCAUGGAUUGGUGCAUCCAUAAUGACUUCUGUAAGCUCUUUCAAGCAGAUGUGGGUCACUUCUGAAGAUUUCAAGGAGUUUGGGGCAUCUGUAGUUCAGAGACGAUGCUUUUGA